AUGGCAAGAAACAAUCAUUCAGGCUAUCCAGUGAAGUGGUUUAAGGAUCAAAAUGCUGUAAGAAAUGCUUACGAAUGUGCUAUUUGUUUGGAAGUUUUGAAAGAUCCCGUCCAAGUCCGUGAUUGUGGACAUCAAUUUUGUGCUCUCUGUAUUGAUGAUAUUCUCAAGUUAGUUUCACUUUCAGCUAUUACUGUAUCUAUAACUAUUCUUCAGUCUCUGAUAUUAUACCGCAUAUUAAGUGAAGUAGAUUAAAAAUUUGAAUUAAUGCUGUUGUCCAUAUAUAUUUUAGCUUAUAACACGUAAAUUGCAUUGGUGUGUUUCUGUGUAGACUACAACCUAUACUUUAUGUGCCAGUAGGCAGUGCUCAAGUCAAGUAUUAGAACUGUUGGAGCGUUGACAAUUGUUCGGCAAAUUUUAAUAAGCUACAACAUGAUAUAUUUAUUUUCCAGGGUAAAUCAUCGUUGUCCAUCAUGCAGAAUUGAAAUAUCAGAUACGACGGUAUGCUAUCUGUUUAUAAAAUUAUAUUAUAUAUAAGACAUUGGCUUACAUUAAUAAAUUUUAGGUUGUUUGUCAAAUUGUCAGUGGUUGUUAAGUUUAAUUAGUGACACUUGCUGGGGGCCUUACGAAAAAUUCUUAUUGGAACUCCUAUGAUCCUAUAGGAAUUUCAGACUGUUCGUAUAGGAUUUCCUUCAGGAAAAUUUAAUUUCAUAUAGGAAUUGAAUUAUCAUAGGAAAUUCUAUUCCUGUAGGCAGGUAAACUAUAUGCCUUUGCAUUACAGACUGCAUUCCAUGUAUUCCACACUGGAUAUCUCCAAUGGGAGGUUAAGAAACUUGCUGGCGUGAGAAUUUGCAAUCUCACCGUGAGAUUACAAAUUAUUAGCAUUAACUUAAGUUUAUGCCUAUGUUAACAUGUGUACUUAUGGCAUAUCUUCAAAAAUAUAUAGUUUACACUAUCAUAUGUCUAUUUUGACAUGAAACCAUGGUUUACUUGUUCUAAUUACUAGAUUUUUAAGGACAAUGCUGCUAACCGAUUGAUUAAACAACUUGAUGUCAACUGUUGCAAUAAAGGAUGUAGUUGGCAGGGACGCCUCGGUUCUUUACUACAGGUGCAGCAUUUGUUGCUUUGCCUUAGUUAAAUAUAUUCAAAAACUUAAAUACUUAGUACUUACAGAAUGCACAAAAGUUUAUAAAAUCAGAAAUACCUAUCUUGAACAAGUUUCUGAUCAAUAGUUUCUUGACUGAUAAUUAGCAACCAAAGUUUCGAAAUGUUUCAUAAAUCCAACGUAUCAAAUAACUUAAUCAGAUGUUAAAGAUUACUAAUGGUUGAUUAGUAUCAGCUAUCUUGAAUAUUUUUGUGUUUCUGGUGCAUGUUGUGCACUCAGAUGAAGAUGCGUAUGUUUGUGAUGUUGUCUCUGAUCCUGUCUCUGGCAAGCUGAAAAGUUUGCUUGACCGUGGUGGGAAUCGAACCAGCGACCUCUGGUUUGCUAGCCCAAUGCUCUACCAACUGAGCUACGAGGUCAAGUCGGUUCGGGUGGGUGAAAUUUCGGAACUGAGUUGCCAUGUGUGGACACACUCAGAGACAACAUCACAAACAUAUAGUAUCAGCUAAGUGCAAGAGUAGCGAACUACAAUUUUCACUAAGUAGCCAGCAGUUUUUGACUACAUUUUUAAAACAGUAGCUGUAGUUAUAGCGAACUACAUUUUGCCUAAAAGUAGCCAAGUAGUUGACUACUUUUCAAACAGCAAAUCGCUAUUCGCUACUUUUAAAAAUUGUUAACAACUUGAUAGAAUAGCAUGAUAUUGAGAUACGGUUUGCUUAAAAUCGAUACUCAAUAGUCAAUUUGCACUCCUGAGCACUGUAGUGAUUACAAAAAUGUUGCUUUGUAUUUACUGUUGCUACUCGUAAGUCUAUUUGUUAUAGGUUACAUUACAGUCUGAGUUAGUUAUAGAUGCUCCAAAUACAGUAAAACUAAAAAAUAUAGCGUAGGCGUAGCGAAAUAGCGAAAUAGUUCGCUACAUUUUUUAAGCAGUAGCUAUAGUCAGUAGCGAACUACUUUUGUUCAAAAGUAGCAGUAGUUGUAGCUGACUACAUAUUUUUGAAGUAGUUAUAGCGAACUACAAAAAUUUUGUAGUCAACCCAUCCUUGGCUAAAUGUCUGAUUAUUUUCAUAUUAAUGGCUUAUUUCUACUUACUGUAUGCCCAUAUGUCUAGUGAAAACCAGGCUUUUAUAGCAGGUGUAUUUCAAUCCAGGAUCAUCAGAAUAGUUGCAACAUUUUGAAAUGCGGUGGUGAUAUUGUUCCGAAUCAGUUGAAAGUAGAAGAACUUGAACAGCAAGUUGAAACUCUCAAGAAGAAAAUUUCAACUUUGGAGAAGGUGACCAUUCAUGAUUUAUAUUUUGCAGUUAGUGACCUUAUUUUACAUUUAUUGUAAAAUUAAUGUUGUAAAAUAUUUUUAAAAAUUCAUUAAUAAUUAUAUUCACGAGAAAAUACAAAAGAAAUGAAUGUUUAAUCAAUGUUUGUAAAUCGGAUAAAGAUUUGUCCUGAUUUACAUAAACUUCAGCUUUGAUUUUCUCGGCUUAGGCAAUGUUUAUUUUUAAAACAUGAGCAGCCGAUCUGAAUCGACUAAAAACUUGUCGAAACCUUUGGAAGCUGGUAGAACUUACCUUCAAAUGUGAAUUUGAAGUUUGCGGUUACCGGUCUGGCGUAUAAACGUCAAUCUUAACCUCUCUAAUAGCUUGAUUUCUAAAGGCCACGUUGUUUUAUACACUCUGUAGAUCCUUGAUUGUGUGAUGAAACAUCAAGAACAUUACAAUCUUCUAUAGUUCUAACAGCGAAAUUGCGCCCACCUUCGGUCUCUCCAAUGUGUUUUUUAAGUCAAGCACCAUUUGCUUGGCAAUACUGCUUGCUGAUUUAACCCACCAAUCACGUGCCAAGUACCAACAUCAGACAAAUUAACAUACAACCACAAAUGCCGGUUAAAGACAAUCGUAGCUGGAAUUUCCGAUCAGAUCCUUUUCAAGUUCUGUAUUGGUUCCAAUAUACACCCAUACAUAUUAAAGAGCAUGUUAUUUGAUGUUGAAUAAAUAUAAUCUAUACGUUGUCUGUUAUUAAUUGUCUAUAAACUGUAAAGCCAGAUUACAUGUUUUGUUGGACCUCUCAUUUCAAGUUCUGUAUUGGUUCCAAUAUACACCCAUACAUAUUAAAGAGCAUGUUAUUUGAUGUUGAAUAAAUAUAAUCUAUACGUUGUCUGUUAUUAAUUGUCUAUAAACUGUAAAGCCAGAUUACAUGUUUUGUUGGACCUCUCAUUUCAAGUUCUGUAUUGGUUCCAAUAUACACCCAUACAUAUUAAAGAGCAUGUUAUUUGAUGUUGAAUAAAUAUAAUCUAUACGUUGUCUGUUAUUAAUUGUCUAUAAACUGUAAAGCCAGAUUACAUGUUUUGUUGGACCUCUCAUUUCAAGUUCUGUAUUGGUUCCAAUAUACACCCAUACAUAUUAAAGAGCAUGUUAUUUGAUGUUGAAUAAAUAUAAUCUAUACGUUGUCUGUUAUUAAUUGUCUAUAAACUGUAAAGCCAGAUUACAUGUUUUGUUGGACCUCUCAUUUCAAGUUCUGUAUUGGUUCCAAUAUACACCCAUACAUAUUAAAGAGCAUGUUAUUUGAUGUUGAAUAAAUAUAAUCUAUACGUUGUCUGUUAUUAAUUGUCUAUAAACUGUAAAGCCAGAUUACAUGUUUUGUUGGACCUCUCAUUUCAAGUUCUGUAUUGGUUCCAAUAUACACCCAUACAUAUUAAAGAGCAUGUUAUUUGAUGUUGAAUAAAUAUAAUCUAUACGUUGUCUGUUAUUAAUUGUCUAUAAACUGUAAAGCCAGAUUACAUGUUUUGUUGGACCUCUCAUUUUCAUACGAAAUUGUGUAUAGGUUUCAAAUCCGACCCAAGCCGUCAUGAUGCAAGGGCAACGUCAAGGUCCUUUUGACAUAGCAGGUCAUCCAAUGGCAAUGGCACCACGUUCAAUGCGGCCAAACAGGGCAAUGUACUCAUCAGUACCUCCAGGACAUUCGCCAAUGCAAGGAUAUAUUCAACAGCAGAAUAUGCAGUAUCAAGUUGUGGGGCAGGUAUAGGUCAAGUUUAAUUGCGUCAGUGUGAGGAGGACAGUAACGUAACAUCGUGACUCGUGAGAGAUCAGAAUGGACAGUGAAUGGAUUGUGAAUGAACUGCCCGAGAAUGAAUAAAGACACUUUAAUGAUACUGAUAGAAAAACUGAUUUGUAAGCAGCACAUAAAAUACAGGGGUUCGAUUCUCCAGAGCAGCUUGCACUUAAAGCAUUACGUUUUUCCUGUAGGAACCUUGACAAAUAACCCAAUUGUGGGACACGGGUACAUCAGAAUGUUCAGCAAGCAUACAAAAUGCAAACGCAUCCUCACAAAAAAAUUGACAUUUUUUAGUACUGCAUUUUUUACUCAAAACUUUCAUAACUAAUCUUAUCGUUCACAUCUAUUAGAAGACGAAAAUUGCAUUAGAAAUCGCAGCAAAAAUUGUAAACGGGAUUAUAGAUUCCAAACAACUAGCUUGGGCACUGGUUAAAGAUGCUGUAAACUCCGUAAUGUUAACAAACGCUUUGUUUAUAUUUUGAACUGCUAUAUUUGUAAAAUAUGAUAUACAACUGAAUAUCUGACACUUUUCUGGUUCGCUAUGCUUGUAAAUGAAUAUAAACUCUAUUUCGUUUCAAAAAAGUUCAAAAAAUGCAAAAUUUGGGCAAUAUGUUUAUAUUUGCGGGUCCCCCUUUGUUAUCGGAACAGAACUGAUGCGCAGAGCAUCUUUCAAAAUUAAAAAUUGGUAUAACCAGUACCAGUUGAAGGUCUGAGAAAUGGUUGGCGUUUUUGUCCACUAUUUAUGGAUCUUGCUAGUUUUUGUGCUAGGCUACUUGGAUAGGGAAACCAGGCUUAAGAGUUGUGCUUUUCUUUAGGAUCCUUAUGGGCAACCAGUGAUGAGACCUACAUUCAUUCCUAAUGUCCAGCAAGCGUACCAAAUGCCACCAACCACUGCACCAUUUCAACCACAAUAUCAUCCACAGCAACAUCAAUAUUAUAACCAAGGAAUGCGGUCUCCUAUGCGCUACGUGCAGCCUAACCAAUCAAUACAACCGCAACAGCUACCGCAGCCUUCUAACCCCACAAUUCAAACGAAUAAUCUAACCAAACCUAAACGAAAACGAACUAGUAAAAUUGUAAUUCGAGACCCAAGAGACAAUAAAGAUGUCACAGAACAAAUUCUUGCCCACAAUAGUGCAGCAAACGGUCGUUCUGGAAGCACCCCUCCUUUGACAAAUUCAAUUGCUCAGACAGAGUCCUCAACCAUCCAGGCACAGUUUGCUGCUCGGGUUGCAGCCCGUGUUGGAGGAGAGAAAGGCAAACAGGAUAAUGAGAAGAAAGCGGAAGAAACAGACAAGGAUAAGGAACUUCAAGCACGAACAGACCAAGGAUAACGAGAAGAUAGAGGACGACAGGGACGUAGGAAAAGGAACAAGCAAAUACAGACCCAACAGAUGAAAUAAAAACAGAAGUAAACUAGAGGGAACUCGUAGACUGUAUACCUCCGCCAGCAAAUUAAGUUUUAUAUCAUGCAUAAAUUAUAC